AUGCGGUGGUUACGUCCAAACAUGGUGUCUGUGCUCGUCGUCUGCCUCGGCAAUAUCUGCAGGUCACCGAUGGGCGAGGCGGUCUUGCGCCAUGUCGCAAAGGAGCGUGGCAUCGACAUCACCGUCGACUCCGCAGGCACGGCUGCAUAUCACGCAGGAGAGGACCCAGACGAACGAACAGUCCAAACAUGCCGCAAGCAUAAAGUGCCGAUCUCGCAUUCCGCUCGUCAGGUGGAACCCGAGGAUUUCAGAAGGUUCACGCACAUACUGGCAUCCGAUGAGAGCAACCUUCAGAAUCUGCUUCGCAUGAAGCCGGGGCAUGCCACUGCCGAUGUCAAACUAUGGGGAUCAUACGAUGACGGCAAACCCAUCGCUGACCCGUACUACGGUGGGAUGAACGGAUUUGAGCAAGUAUUCCAGCAGUGCAUACGAUAUUCCAACGCCUUCCUCGACCAAUUCUUCAAGAACGACUAA